AAUGUGCUCACAAGAGAAUCUCGUUCAGAAAUCUCAGCAGUUGCCGAUUGGCCACGAUAGAGUGAAGACCCGUCUGUACUUGUGAGCAACACCAUUACUAGUGCUCUACCCAGAACAUUUGAUGAGAUCUACGCCUCAAAAGGCUAUGGUGCUUCCAACAAGAAUUUGAGAACAGUCAUAAUGGAGAGGAAAGUGAUUGCGAUUGCAGUUGUGUGCUUCCUAAGUGUGUCGUCGCUGGCUUGUGAGUAUCAAGAAAAUGGGCAAACGAUUGUGUGCCAUAUGAACUCCUUGAGCGAUCCUCAGCCUCCGCAGAAUACCGAUUUCUCACAAGCCAAGAAGAUCCAUGUCAAGUGUACCGAUACGUUCUUCACCGAGUCCCAGCUGAAGUCUGAACAAUUUGGGAACCUGCCUUUCUUGGAGUCGCUGGAUAUUCAGUUUUGUAAGCUUCGUCAAGUCCCCUCCCGAACUUUCUCGGGCCUGACCAAUUUGCGACAAUUGACCAUUCAAAGUCAUAACUCUGAAUGGUCCUCUGUUCUUAUGGAGGUAGAUGCUCACAGUUUUCAAAACCUCGAGCAUGUCCAGAGCCUAGAUUUAGCCCACAACAACAUUUGGUCGAUGCCUUCCGAGGUACUUUGCUCCAUGUCCAAGCUGUUGGAGGCUAAUUUCUCGAACAAUCAUCUUUUGGAGGUUUCCGAUCUAGGACUUUCCUCUCGAAAGGGUUGCAGGACUACUUUGAACUCAUUGGACCUCUCUAAUAACCAUAUUGGGUCCAUUCAAGAUGGUGACUUGAUACAAACACCAAAUCUGACGAAGCUGAGCUUGGCUGGAAACCGAAUCAGCAUCAUGGGGGAUCGAUCCUUGGAAUCCCUUACCAAUUUGGAAGAGCUUAACCUCUCUGACAAUCAAUUGGCUGCCCUGCCUCCCACCAUUUUCAAUAGGAGCCAAUCCCUGCACAGACUGGAGCUGCAAAACAACUCUUUAACUCUCUUACCCUCUGGUAUCUUUGAAGGUCUGAGCAACCUCGUUGUAUUGAACUUAUCUCGGAACGCCAUCUCGAGUCAUCUUCUCUCGAAAGACACUUUCUCAGGCUUGAAGAAUCUCCAAGUUUUGGAUUUAUCCUGGAACGAAAUGACCAAGAUCGAAGACACCACGUUUCAGCAUCUUGCAAGCUUGCGCAGCCUCAAUCUUCAGCACAACAACAUCCAUAUCGUCAAGAGCCAGGGCUUCAACUCCCUUGUUAAUUUGAACAUUUUGGCCCUGUCAUUCAACGAGAUUGAAGAACUGUCAUCGGACAUGAUGAGCGGGUUGUCUCAACUCAGCUCGCUGUCCAUGGAGCAUAACAAAAUCAAAUCCAUCGGAAUGAUUGAACCCCUGCCCUCCCUCACUGAUUUGACUCUGAGCAACAACCAGCUUAAAUCGGUUCCGGAAUUCAUCAGCAGCUCUGCGGCCAAUCUCAAGACCAUUGAUCUGGGCGACAACCAAAUCAAGGAAAUUAAUCCUCGUGAUUUAGGGGGUUUGGCCAACUUGUACGGUUUGCGUUUAGCAGGAAAUCAAAUCUCAACAAUCAGUAAUCAAACCUUUGAAAACGUGACCAAUAUUCACAUCCUGAACUUGGCUCACAAUCAAAUCUCGUCUUUGGAAGGUGGAGCAUUUCAUCGCCUUCAAAAUUUACGUGCUCUGAGAUUGGACAAUAAUCGUUUAGAGGAUAUUAACGGUCUGGUAGCUUCCCUUCGCCAACUCCAGUGGUUGAACAUCUCGAGCAAUUCCCUCCAAUGGUUCGAUUAUGCCUUCAUCCCCACCUCCUUGGAAUGGUUGGACAUGAGCCACAACUCGGUGAGCGAGCUGGGAAACUUUUACAAUCUCCGAAACUUCGGCAUCAGGACUCUGCAAGCCGCCCAUAACAAGAUCCGCGUCCUCACCGUGGAUUCCUUUCCCAAUAGCCUCGAGCACAUUGACAUGAAUAGCAAUGAACUGGACAAGAUUGAGCCAUUCACAUUUGGGAAGCUUGAGGAGCUGAAAAUGGUCGAUCUGAGACAUAAUGGCAUUCAGAGUCUGUACCGAGACUCGUUGCGUUCCGCCAGCAGACAUCAAGAUCAACCACAAUUUGCUUUGGCAUCUAAUCCGCUCAAAUGCGAUUGUCAAUUAGCCUGGCUUGGCGAAGAAGUCACUGUUGUCGGCAGGGAUGAAGGAAGCCGUGAUGACCAACCACAAUCGACGGCGGGAUUUGGUCGAGUCUCCGACAUCAAUGAGUUGGAAUGCUCCGUGCCAACUCGUUCAAAUCAAGUCAUGCCUUUAAUUCUGGUACCAGGAAGCGACUUCUUGUGCCCGUACACCGCCCAUUGCUCAGCCCAAUGCAUGUGUUGCGACUUCUACGCCUGUGACUGUCGGUUCCAAUGCCCAGAUGGAUGCAGGUGUUUCCAUGACCAGAAGUGGUCCCAAAAUAUCGUCCAAUGCUCGGGUCGCGAGCACCACAGUGUUCCAUUGCUGGUUCCUUUGGACGCCACCGAGGUUCGAUUGGAUGGUAACAAUCUUCAACACUUGGACACCCAAAGCUUCCUGGGUCGGGACAAUGUGAAAGAGCUUUAUUUGAAUGGCAGCAACAUCAUCAGUUUGGGCAACAAGACCUUUGCCGGACUGGACAACCUGGAAGUGCUCCAUUUAGAAGACAACAACAUUGGUGAGAUAAUGGGAAGCGAGUUCAACUCUCUGAGGAAUCUCCGCGAGUUGUACUUGCACAAUAAUGACCUGGUGUUCAUCCAUGAAGUGGCAUUCCAAGCUUUGAUGAACCUGGUCACUCUCACUCUGGAUGGCAAUCUGCUGACCAUUUUCCCGGUUUGGAGACUCUAUGACAACCCUGAUCUCCGGGGGCUCACCCUCUCACGAAAUACUUGGUCGUGUGAAUGCAAUUUCAUUCAGCCAUUCAACGAUUUCUUGGAGAAGAACCACAGAAUCAUUCCUGAUUACGACUUGGUUCAAUGUGUGAGCGAUAACAUCAUUGACGAGAAUUCUCUGGGAGAGAGUGGGAUCCUUUGCAGUCAAAGCCAAGGAUCCUAUCUCGAGCAGAACAAUGGCAGCUCGGUACCAGAGAGAGAUUCGUCCACCCUGAACUUGGCAACCAUCUUGGUACCCAUCGUAGUGGCUGUGUGUGUCCUCGUCCUGGGAUUCUUUGCCAUCUUCGUAUUUAGAGCGAACAUCAUUGCUUGGUUGUACAAUAAGUCCUCGGAUAUCUACGAACAACGAAGCGGAGCCAGCUCCUCGUCGGCCCAAUCUACCAGUUCCACCUAUUCCCAAGGCAAACUUUUUGACGUCUACAUCAGCUACUCGAUGCAAGACACUGAUUUUGUCGACCAGACCCUUGCACCUACUUUGGAGCAAGGGAGCACAUCCUACAAGCUCUGUCUCCACCAAAGGGACUUCCCAUCGAAUGUCUCAUUGUACGAUACGGUGUCCGUGGCCACCGAGUCCAGCACUCGAGUAUUGGUCGUUCUCUCGAGGGCCUACUUGACCGUGGAUUGGCCUCAAGUCAAGAUCCCUUUGAGGAAUGCCCUCAAAGACAAUGGAAAAGUGAUUUUUCUCACGAUCGAGGACCUCUCCGAGAGUGAGAUCAAUUCAGACGCCGACCUGGCCUCGUAUUACAAAUCUUUUCCCUUCAUUCGUUGGGGUUCAGCGGGGUUCUUACAGAAACUCAAGUUCUUCUUGCCCGAGUCGGCCUUUCAGACAUUCCAAAGAAAUAUCACCCUCCGUAACCAAUAUCGUCAGGCUGUUACCGGCCUCACACCCCACCACCACCACAACCCCGCCUCCACUUCGGUGACUUCCUCAUCUUCCCUCAUCCCCUCCCUUCUUUCCCCCUCCAACUUGGUCUAUGGCGACAGGAAAGCGUUGGAAAGUCUCCAAUAUCACCAACACCCUCACUAUCAACCCCACCACUCACAACAGCCCUAUCAACAGCAGCAUCAGCAUGCAUAUGGAAGGUCAGAGGGCUUGGCCAACGGAAGCCCCACCAUUUCCUCUCUCUAUGGGGAGAACGUGUAUCAAAGCAUCUCCGACAAGGACCAUAUCUACCAAUCCUUGGAGCCCAAUAAGUUCCUACUCCGAACGCUGGACCAUUCCAGCAGUCCCCGACAAAUUAGCCAUCAACAGAAAUCAGCAUUAUUGCUGAAUAAUAUCAUUGCCCCUCGGUCGACGGUGACCACACCCAUUCCCAAUCAAUAUUUCCACGAGCAUUCCCAUUCCACUUCAAGUGGAACGCAGUUGCUCUCCAAUCAAGGAGAGGAAUACAUUGUUUGAGCUUUUUUAUGUGUGUCAGAAAUAACUUAUUUAGAUUCAAAUCUUUAUCAUUCUAGUCUUGAAAUAAAUCAUUGAAAUCUUGCCACA